AUGACUAAACUAUCUGGACUAAUAUUCGUCCUAAUUUUAAUAAUAAUAAGUACCUCAAUUUCCGAAGCCGUCCCAUCAAGCAUACUCGAAGAGCGGUCGCCAUUAUACCGAAAGGAACUUAGAGGAUUUACACUUCGUUCUGCGGUUCCAAGUUCUGAUAAAACAUGGGAUAAUUGGGCCGGAACUAUCCAUUUGGCGCCUGAAGCAAUUUUCAGACCAACCACGCUCACCGACCUUCAAGAUAUUGUGAACUUGGCAAGAACAAAUGGGAAAACAAUUCGAUGUGCCGCUGAGGGGCAUACCUAUAGUUCGUUGUCAGUGACAAAGAAAUAUUUGGUGAUAGUCAAUAAUUUAAAUAAAAUUCAAGUGCUGCAAAGCAAACAGUAUGGAUGGGUCAUUACUGCGGAAGCUGGCACUCAAAUUAGUGAAAUCGAUCAUGCACUACGAACUAAUAACCCGCCGUUGGCCCUUUCUUCGGCAACUGUGCUGGACGAAUUUAGAGCUGCGGGUGUUGUUGCAACUGGGUCGCAUGGCGCAAAGUUCGCAUUAGGCCUCAUUGCUGAUCAUGUUGUUUCGAUGAAGAUCGUCGCCGCUGAUGGCAAGGUGUAUGAAUUCAGUGACAUAACGAAUCCUUUGGAAAUGAGUGCCGCCAGAGUUAACUUGGGCUUAUUUGGUAUCAUUUAUUCUGUGACAUUACGCACGGAGCCAAUGUUUAAUUUUCGUUUGACAGAUACUCUUCCGUUAGCCAAAGAUUUCCUUGUUCCAUCUGUUAUCAAGCAAUUGGUUGAAUCUUCGGACGGUGUUGAAAUCUUUUAUUGGCCAUUCAACUCUUACAACCAAAGCGCACCGCAACCACUUGAUCCGACUAAGGAUAAAAUGUGGGUAAAGCAAUGGGUGCGAACCGACGAACAACCAACUUUGACUCCAGAACAAAUUAGUGCUUUACAUGAUGCUCAAAACAAGAGUUCUUUGCAAGGCAACCAGGUAUAUCAGUUAUUACUUCAAAACCCGCAAGCUACGCCGAAUGUUACUGCAUCGAUUUGGCUUGAGGGGCCAGGAAAAAUGCCGACAAGCUUCGUACUUCAGGCUCCAGACGCGAUCCAUUAUGAAGCCGGUAUCGGUAAUAUCCCGGAUGAAACAUUAGAGUUUGUAUUUAAAGUGGAUCCGGAUUAUGCUAAUGUUGCUAAGGAAUUUCAGGCUAUCAUCAAUGCGACCUACGCAGCCGCAGCACAAAAUUCUUUCCCGCUUAACCUAGUUGCCGAGGCACGAAUCCUAAAAUCGACGCGGACUUUACUCGCACCUAGCUUCAACCUAGAUCCGAAUGCUGUUUACUGCUUUAUGGAAGUGACCUCUUACCAUUAUACUCCUGGCUACCAAACUUUUGCUGCAAUGUUUGGGCAAAGAUGGAUCCAGACUUAUAAAGCGAAACCUCAUUGGGCUAAAGAAUGGGAAUACGUACCUAAUAUAAAAUCAUAUCUUUCCCAAGCUUACAAAGAGCAAAUUAAUAUCUUUGAGAAAAUACGCGCAAAAUAUGAUCCAGACAAACUGUUCUUCGAUAAUGAGUCAUUGCAAGAAAUUUUCCGUGGUGCUCUCACUAACUAA